UCCCGAGUCUUGUUGUCUGUUCAAUAGUCCGCAAACCAGUCGUCUACAGCAGCAAUGGCCACGAACGGAACAAAGAAGCACGUCGCGACGUACACCGACGCACAGCCUACGCAGAUCUCGUCGAUUCUGUCGGGCGGAUAUCAUCAUCCUCUGCUGCGGCAAUGGCAGAACGAGCGUCAGCUUACAAAGUCUUCGUUGAUCUAUCCGUUGUUUAUCACCGAUAACGAGGAUGAGGAGACUCCGAUUGACUCUCUUCCCGGCCAAAAACGAUGGGGCGUCAAGAAAGUUGUUCCGUACGUCGAGUCGCUCGUCGCAAAGGGCUUGAAGGCCGUCAUCCUCUUCGGCGUCCCUCUCGCCGAGGACGCAAAGGACCCGUACGCCACCUCCGCCGAUGAUCCGAACGGGCCCGUAAUCUUGACUAUCAAGGCCCUUCGCGUUGCCUGUCCGGAUUUGUUCAUCAUGACCGACGUCUGCAUGUGCGAGUACACCAGCCACGGUCACUGCGGCAUCCUCCGAGAAGACGGCACCAUCAUCCGCGAAGAAAGUGUCCGCCGCCUGGCUGCCAUCGCCGUCAACUACGCCAAAGCAGGCGCGCACUGCGUCGCGCCUUCCGACAUGGUCGACGGCCGCAUUCUCGCCAUCAAGCAGGGCCUCUUGGACGCCGGCCUGGCCCACAAGUGCAUGCUCAUGUCGUACUCUGCAAAGUUCAGCGGAAACCUCUACGGUCCCUUCCGCGACGCCGCCGGCUCCGCGCCCAGCUUCGGCGACCGCAAGUGCUACCAGCUUCCUCCUGGCGGCCGCGGCCUUGCGCGCCGCGCGAUCGCUCGCGACAUCGAAGAGGGCGCGGACGGCAUUAUGGUCAAGCCGUCGACGUUCUAUCUCGACAUCAUCUCCGACGCCAAGGAGCUCGCGCGCGAUCUCCCGAUCUGCACUUACCAGGUCUCGGGUGAGUUUGCGAUGCUGCACGCGGCGGCGGAGAAGGGGGUUGUUGAUUUGAAGACGAUUGCGUACGAGGCUGCGUAUGGAUGUCUGCGUGCGGGUGCUACGCUUAUUAUCACUUACUUUACCCCGGAUUUCUUGGACUGGUUGGAUGAGCAGUAAUCUGUCGAGAGUCGCUUCUUUCUUGGAGAUAUAUUACGGAAUUGGAUAAUUUUCUGGUAUAGUUUGGAAAAAGUGGUUUGGUUUUUAUGUCGGGAAACAGUUUCGUUGAGAUAUGCACAACAGCUGAGAAUUGCAAUACAAUCGCGUUCCACAUUAUAU